AGACAGCAGCAAUGGGAGGCCGUACAGGGACCCAUGACACACUCUGGACCUGGCAGCAGCAUGAGGAGGCGGUACAGGGGCCCAUGGCAGAUUACGGGCCUGGCAGCAGCAUGAGGAGUCGGUACGGGGGCCCAUGGCAGAUUACAGGCCUGGCAGCAGCAAUGGGAGGCCGCCCGUAAUCUGCCAGCACCCUAUGACAAAAAAUGGAACCCACCAGCAGUGUGAGGAGACCUGAAAGUGGCACAUGGCAGAGUGUGGCGUGGAGACAGCAGCAAUGGGAGGCCGUACAGGGACCCAUGACAGACUCUGGACCUGGCAGCAGCAUGA